ACUGCCCGUGCAACUGCAGAACUUGUCGCCGGUCAAUGAGGUCGCGGCCUCGAGUUUGCUUUCCACAAGCCAUCCCUGGCUUUGAAGCGUACUUUGAAGCACGCAUUUAGUUUCCGUAAGCAAGGGCCUGCCACGCCAAAGGGGCAAGACGAGUUUCAUUCAGCGUGUCGGUCCUCAUUCCGGGCGAGGGUGCAAUUGGGGCUAUCGGACUUUCAAGGUGAUACAGAGUCAAACACUUGUACUGCUUACACGGCCAGGAUAGCCUAGGGUCGGCCUUCUGCCACGAAACGUGACUCCGACGUUGAUUGUAGCCACUUCUGUCGCGUGUCAAGGCUGAUCGGCCACCAUGGCACUCCAAGUUGCAAUUACGGGUCUGAAGAGCCAGUCCGGCUCGCAGCUGGGCCUGUCGAUGGCCCGGCUGUUCGCUUCGGCAGCGGCAUCGCCCUCGAUUAAGGUGGAGGUCAUGCCCUACAAGGUGCACCGCAUCGAGGCACCUUCCAACGUGGUGGAGACCAACGUGGAGGAGCUUACGAAUUUCUACAAGCUCAUGUACAAAAUGCGCCGCAUGGAGAUUGCGGCCGACAUGAUGUACAAGGCCAAGUUCAUCCGCGGCUUCUGCCACCUGUACGACGGCCAGGAGGCGGUGCUCACCGGCAUUGAGGCGGCCAUCACACUCAAGGACUCGAUCAUCACCUCCUACCGCGACCACUGCCAGCACGUCAGCCGCGGCGGCAGCAUUGUGAGCCUGAUGGCGGAGCUGAUGGGCAAGCAGGAGGGCGCCACCAAGGGCCUGGGCGGCUCCAUGCACAUCUACAACCGCAAGAACAACUUCUACGGAGGGAACGGCAUCGUGGGCGCGCAGAUCCCCCUGGGCGCCGGUAUCGCGCUGGCGCACAAGUACAAGGGCGAGCCCCACGUGUGCAUCACCAUGUACGGCGACGGAGCUGCAAACCAGGGCCAGAAGUACGAGGCGCUCAACAUGGCUGGGCUGUGGAACCUGCCCGCCAUCUUCGUGUGCGAGAACAACCACUACGGCAUGGGCACCGCCGAGUGGCGUGCGGCCAAGAGCCCCAACUUCUACACCCGCGGCGACUACAUCCCAGGCAUCAAGGUUGACGGCAUGGACGUGCUGGCCGUGAAGAACGCAGUGGCGUUCGCCAAGGCCUACGCGCUGGCCAACGGCCCCAUCGUGAUGGAGAUGGACACCUACCGCUACCACGGCCACUCCAUGUCAGACCCCGGCUCCACCUACCGCACACGCGACGAGAUCAACGCCAUGCGCACCGAGCGCGACCCCAUCGAGCGCGUGAAGCGGCUGCUGCUGAACAACGGCGUGGACCCGGCCGACCUCAAGAAGAUCGACAAGGAGGUCAAGAAGGAGGUGGACGACGCCGUGGAGCAGGCCAAGCAGGGCCAGAUCCCGCCGCUGCACUGGCUGUGGCGCAACAUGUACGCGGAGCCGCUGGGCGCCGGCAUGCGCGGCGUGCUGCCCGCAGAGUACCACGUGCCCGCCUUCGACCCCACCUACAAGUCGUGAGGCGGCGGAGGGGAUCGCGGGGGGUGAAGGCAGCGGGGAUUGAAGGCGGCAGGGGAGGCGGAGUGGUUUGAAGGCGGCAGGGGAGGCGGGGUGGGAGCGGGAUAGUAGGUGCGGGGUUGUGGGCGGAGGUUGGUUGAUUGGUUGGGUGGGGGUCGGGCUUGUAUGUGUGUGUUGCGGUGAGGUGGGUUGGUGGGGUGUUGGAGAGCGCGAAUGUGUGGUGUUUUGUGGCGAGCGGGGCGAAAUGGGCCUUCGUUUCUGGUGGAGGUAGGAGGUGGCGUGUGUGCUUUACUGCCUGUCGGCGUGGGGGUGGCAUGACGCCGCGUUGGCCUUUGGCACGUGCCCCGGGUUCGUGGAAUUGGCGUGGGGCUGCUGCCGAUAUGGCGAGGUGUGAGAUUGGUGCCAUAGCGCAUGGCAGGGCUUCCUGGUUGUUAGAGACAGCGACAGAAGGAGGUAUUCGUUUCGACGCUGGGCGUCAUUUGCUGGUCACAGCGCGUCAGCGGGCGUGUGUGCCGUAUCUGCGGGCUGGACGGAUGGUGGGAGGGGGCAUGGGGAGGUGAUGACACGGGAAGGGCUCUUGCGGAGCGUGUGUGUGUGUGUGUGUAUGUUCGGUGCAAGCGAGUGGCUGGGCGGUGCACCAGAGGUGCGCAUCCUGGCAGCGUUCGGUGGAGGUGUGUUUGGCGCAUGUUAGAGGUUCCUGGACCAAUUGUAAGUCGCUGAAUGG